CUCCACCCAUAUGACGUCACUCAGGUAUUGCAGGGCACUGCAACGUUAUAACUCCAGGGCUGCUUUCGUUUUCAUAAUCAGGGGUUUUCCGCAGACGUUUGAAGUUUGGGCAAUUUCUGUUUUGCACUUAAGAUUUUCAUUGCGUGUUUAGCAGUUUUCUUCUCGCCUGGAAUUUGUCUCUCUCGGUAUCAUGGCUUCCAGCAUUAAGGCUCUGCAGCAGUGGUGUAAAAUACAAUGUGAUGGCUACAGAGAUGUGGCUAUUACCAACAUGACAACUUCUUUCAGGGAUGGAUUGGCUUUCUGUGCGCUUAUCCACAAGCACAGAGCGUCGCUGAUAGAUUUUGAUUCCCUCAAUAAGGAGAACGUGUUCGAAAACAACAGUCUGGCUUUCCGUGUGGCUGAGGAGAAGCUGGGGAUCCCAGCAUUGCUGGAUGCAGAGGAUAUGGUUGCAUUGAGGAUUCCAGAUAGACUUAGUAUCCUCACCUACGUAUCCCAGUAUUACAACUGUUUCCAUGGUCGCUCACCCAUUGGAGGUCUGGCUGGUAUUAAACGACCAACUGAGGAUUCCAAGGAAGAGCCAGCUGGAAAGAAACAUCUUCCAGUGAUGGCAAAACAAUCCUCCACUAAACAAACAAAAGAGACAGAGAACCCCCCCGCCAUCAUCACCACCGCUUCCUCCAAACCAGCACCGGCUACAGCAAAAGCAGCCGAACCAAAGAAAGUUUUGGUGGAAAGCACAAACAAAACCGGCAGCCUUAGCAGUACCUGUGCUGUGUGCAAGAACCAUGUUCACUUGGUACAGCGACACCUGGUGGAUGGGAAGCUGUAUCACAGAAACUGCUUCAGGUGCAAGCAAUGCUCAAAUAUCCUCCUUUCAGGAACAUACAAACCAGGACCAGAAUCUGGAACCUUUAUCUGUACCACUCACCAGCACAACCAAAACAAGAGUACGCCCAGUCCUGCAGGUUUUACAAGAGGGGGGACCUACAACAACAGCACUGCUGUCCCAGCAAAAACUGGACUGACCUCUGUGGCUGCCAGAAACCAAAGCCCUGCAGUAACCCUCCCUACAUCGAGUGUAACAACCACCGUUAGUUAUAAUGUCAAACCCAGCGUGGUGACAACUCCAACCAAACCAUGGACCCCAACAGCAGAGAAGACACAGAUGUCCAGGGAAAAAUUCUUCCAGUCCAGCCAUGUGACUCCCAUUAACCAUCCAACGAACAGCUUGUCUGCUGUGAAUGUGGUGAUGCCUGGUAAACCUGCAUCCUCACUGCAGACUGGAAAUGAUAAAGACAAGGCCCGGUCCUUUUUAACACAGAAACUGCCAUUGGAAGGGAACAGUAAUAACAACAACCAUACACCAUUGACACCUGCAAGCUCUGGAGUGGUCAAAUCAACGGAGUCGCAGUUCACCAGCAGAUUUGGUAAUAAGACAUCUGAAGCAGAUGUCUCCAGUUGGAAAAAAGGCAAUAAAAGCUCAGGAACAAGUGGGCUGAGACCAGACAGGACAGCGUCACUGAAGAUCAGCGGGUCUUCUGGACUUCAUGAUCCUUCCAAGAAGGAUUCUCUUUGGAACACUGAUACCAGCACAACAGAAUCCCCAGCAGAUUGGAGAUCCAAACUGAAACCUGUGUCAAAGGGACCUGGUAUUAGCCAGAACACAGAGGUUAAAGACAAACCAUCUACUUCAUUCACCUCUAAAGUUAAAGAAGACGUUCCCUCCAAACCGAGACCCUUUGGUGCUUCAUUCAGUCCAACAGUCAGACCUGCAUCUGAGGAUGUCUCCUUGGCCAGUGCUGAAUCUGUGCCUUCUACUCCCAGCACUGAUUGUAAUGAAGAUAAAUCUUCACCCAAGCAGACCAGCAAUGGGACUGGUACCAACAUGAACAGAGACGUGGAUUUCUCAAAGAGUCCAUCUGAUAAGGACAUCUCCAGCUCUGAAGUGACUUCAGCAAAGCCGGGCUACAUCCCUGAGGAGGAGAUCCAGGAGGAGUUGAAAGGUAUCGAGGCUCAGCUGAAUGAACUGGAGAAGAAGGGGGUGGAGAUGGAGAAGGAUCUCCGCAGCUGUGAGGGAGAUGAAAGUGAAGAGGUUUUGAUGGUGGACUGGUUCAAGUUGAUCCGACAAAAACAACUGCUGAUGAGAAGAGAAUCGGAGCUGGUUUACAUAUCAAAGACGCAGGAUUUGGAGGGCCAGCAGCCUGGUGUGGAGGGGGAGCUGAGGAGGCUGAUGGAGAAACCAGAACACCUGAAGACUGAAGCAGACCGAAAACGGGAAGAGGAACUCAUGUUGAAGCUUGUAGACAUUGUUAAUGAUAGAAAUGCUAUUAUUGAUGGUCUGGAUGAAGACAGACUCAGGGAAGAGGAGGAAGACCAAGAGAUGAACGAAAUGAUGCAAAAACUUGAAAUAAAGAAAGGCAACAUAGAAAAAAAGAAAUCCUCUCCGCUUACCAAAAUCUUUAGACGGAAAAGUAAACGCAACCCAGAGGAAACCAUAAAGAACUAAAGCCCGGAGAAACUCUUCACUCCAUCGUGAUACUCCACUCUUCAUGAGCAUUCUCAUACUGAAAGCAGCCUUAGAGAGGUGAUACACCAGUCUUUGUGUUCCUGAAACAUCAGUGCCAAAACUAAAUGUAAUGUAGUCGUCUUCUUCUUCUUCUUCUUCUUCUUCUUCGACCAAUCUUUAUUUAAUAUAGCGCCUUUCAUAGUGGACCACCAUCACAAAGUGCUUUACAAGAUGCAGUAACAACAAGAACAUCCAUAAUACUUUAAAUACAAUGAUAGCUAUUGUUACUGAACUAUAUGAAAACUGUCUUCUGAAUUCAGUCAUUUUUAAUUUAAAAUGCAAUCAUCAGAUCACAAAUGCAUAAAUAACAUUUAUUUCAUAAAUGUGUUUAAAUUUUAUUAAAAGUAAUUUACUUUGUCAAACUUUGGGUGCUACAGUUUUCAUGGCCAAAAAACCAAAAAGCUUCUGGUCACACAGUGCUAAUCGCUGCUUUUCAUAACAUGUUUAAGAUAAUUGAGUUAAAUUACAAGGAUCACAAUUGUUAUAAUAAAAACAAAUACACAUAUAUAAAACUGAAUUAAAUUCAUAUGUAAAUUGAAAUGUUGCUGGGGUGCCGUACAAUUUUUUUGGUUGAUUCCUGAUGCUUUGUCACUUUGCAGACGUUCACAAAUGAAAGUCUUUGUGUAAUGUGUACAAACUUAGUAUUUUCUUAAUUACUUGUGCACUUUAUUUAAGACACUCUUGCUUCGUUCGAUCGAAGAAAAAUGAAAUUAUAUUCUCCAGUCAACAUUAAAAGAAAAAAUAAAAAAUAAAUAAAAAAUCUUAUAAACUUUAAUUUUUGAAAUGUCCGCUGUAGCAAUAAGGUUUAUAGCCCCUUGCUGAACAAAUUCAAGUUCACCUGAGUAUAGAAGUGUGAUUUCAUAUUGGAUCAUAUAGUCGUGAAAGAGCUACUGGAGUAUUAUUCCUACUGUAUAGUAAGAGUGGAUGUAUUUUAGUGAUCUGUAUACUUUUCGGCUUUGAGACUGUGUCCAGUUUUGUAAUUCUGUCUAGAAAUAGCACUGAUAAGCUACUGAAAAGCCAGAAGGUGGCAGUGUAACUGCUAAUAAGAAAUAUUCCUAAACUUACGAAAUCAGGUUAUAGUUUGUGUGUUUCUUAUAUAUAUAUAUAUAUAUAUAUAUAUAUUAUAUAAUCAUUUUUUAUUUUAAUUCAGUAAAAACUGUUGUUUUAGCCCUGCUUGAAUGGUGCUCUUUUUAACCUAAUGGAAAUAAUUUGGAGGGGGGAGGGGGGCACCUGGCUUUGGUUUAGGGUAUAUUAACAUAUACAGCAAUAUCCUACCUCAGCCACUGACUCAUUGUGUGACCCUGAGCAAGUCACUUAACCUUCUUGUGCUCCGUGUUUCGGGUGAGACGUAGUUGUAACUGACUCUGCAUGCUGAUGUUCACACACCCGAGUCUCUGUAAGUCGCCUUGGAUAAAGGCGUCUGCUAAAUAACAAAUAAUAAUAAUAAUAAUCAGGCAGUUCAAAUUUAAAUUUUCACACUUUUAGGUGCCGUGCUUGCAGAGUAUCCUCAUAAUAACAAACGCUUUGUGAUUUUAAAAAAAAGUGAACUCUCAAAUCUCCAAUUUUCCCUUUUUUAAAUGUUUUAUAUCAUUGUGUUUUUAUAAGAAUGAAAGUGUAAGAAUGCAGUAUUGUAAAUGGAAACAGAAAUAUGUUAGUGGUUGUACAAUACAGAAAACUAGGAUCCAUGUGUGUGUGUGUUUCAUUCAUUUGUAUUUUGUUUUCAAUCUAAUAAGGGUUUACUUGGUUUUGUGUCAUUUUUGCAUCUAAUGGGUAAUUGUCAUGAUGUGCUUGUCGAUUUCUGUACGUACAAGUUGGAUAAUGAUUUUGAACUGAAAAUGCUUGCGAAUCAUCAUAUGAUAUCUAAACUUGGCUGUUUAAUUAUAGGUUGAUCUUUCUGUUUUAAAAAAAAAAUUAAAAAAAACAAUUUAUGAAUAUGCUAUUUUGUAUUUACCGUGACUUUUCUAUCAUUUUUUCUUUUGUAAACCUGCCUGCCUAUUUGAAAUGUUGGGUGGUUGUUUGGUGGAAGUUCUGCUUUUACAAUAAAACUUGCCACAAAGCUA